CUCGCAUUCAUGGUCUUGCAUUCAUGGAAUUCCAAGAAUUCCAAGAAAGCACGACUGUUCGCCUUGAAUGGACAGUACGCGGGUUGAAGCAGUUAUUUGAAUCAAGCAAAGGAGAAUCGAAGUCGAAAGUUACAAAGUCUGUAAAGUUUGGAGGAGGAAGAUGGCAGGUGCUUUUCUACCCUAAUGCUGGGGUCGAAGGAGGCGCCUUUGUGAGCCUGUACUUGUCGUGCGAGCCCACACCGGAGGAAAAAGACGGUGCUAUUGAUGGAAAGUGGGUUCGCACUGGAUUGUAUAAGUUUAGCUUCGAGCUUCGCAACUUAUCAAGGACAAUCUUGUUUAAUCAAAAAGAGGCGAACGACCAUUCAUUCUCCUGGAAGACAGCAAAUUGGGGAUGGGCGCAAUUUGCACGCCGGGAGGCAAUCUACUAUCAACCUAAUACUGUCCGAAACAGCGAUGCAUUUCUUAUAACUUGCACCAUUUCGUCGGCACCUACAAUACCUUCUUUGCCAUCACCUGUACCGCACCGCUCUGUUCCAAAAGACUUGCUAGAUGCCAUUGGCUCUCUAUUGGAUGAUCCAGCUUAUUCCGACGUUGAAUUCGUUGUACCUAAUCGACUAUCUAGAGGGCGAAAGCCACGUAGUAUCUUUGCCGCACGAUCCAUUCUACGGAGGGCAGAAUAUUUCGAGUCAAUGUUUGGCUCUGGGUUUGCCGAGGCGAGUUCGCAAAACAUUGAGCUCUCGUCGAGCCCGUCGAGCCAAUCGGACACUCUGGGGGGAUCCGAUGGCGAGAUUGAUUCGGUAGCAUCUUCAAACCCACGCCAAUUCGAGGACUCCGAUGAAGAAGAUGAAGCGGAGCUUACCGAAGUUGACGGUGAGAGCGAGGUAGCGGAUGAUGUACCCUCUCCUAGCGAGGUUGAACCUAAAUCGCUUCCCGACUUAAAGGAGCACAAUGGGGGAUCAAUGGGAAUUGGUUCUGUGCCAUCUCUCCAGGACGAAACAAGUGCCGGGGUUCCUCCCGCUUCUACAGCUACGGAUUUAGUCGAGGAGACCCCGGAUUCUCGUACCGCAGGCCAGGCUGAGGCUCCUGUCACAGAGGAGAGGAUCGUCCGAGCCAAGUUAUCCCACCCGUCAAGCCCCCGCAGACUGCCAAAUGAAAGUAAAGUAGUUAACGGUCGGAGCGCCAGUGGACGGCGGGAUGCGAGCAGGUCAUCGAAAAGUCUAGGCGCAAGGUGCAGAGUAGUCGUCAAAGAUGUAGCUUACACUACGUACCGAGCCGUUCUUUAUUAUCUUUACACAGACGCUAUCACAUUCGCGCCCUUGGCCUCUUCCUUUCUUGGACCUCUAUCGACAGCCGGGCCGUCGUCCUUGCAGACGCCACCGCAUCGGUCGCAGGGCGAGGGCCAGAGCAUGAACACCGCUUUCACGAGCCGGCCAAUGAUACAAAACGAGCAGCAUAAAGCCGGGCCGACGACAAGGAUCGCGUGGAUUAGAGAAUGGGAACGUCAAAAUCCAGGAAAACCGAUGCCAUGUUCUGCAAAAGCAGUCUACCGUGUAGCUGACAAACUCCGCCUUUCUGAGCUCAAAAGUAGAGCAUUUCAGCACAUUGUUAAAUCCUUGACCAUACACAAUAUUCCGUAUGAAAUGUUUUCCUCAUUCUCAUCAACGUUUGAGGAUGUCCGCAAGACACAAAUUGCAUUUUUCCUGGAACGUUGGAACGAAAUAAGGGCAUCACAAUCAAUGCAAGCAGUAUGGCAGCAGAUACGCGUUGGUCGUCAUCCGGGUUUCGAGGAAGUUUGGCCUCUUAUUGCAAUGAAUCUUGAGUUUCGGCCGCGUGCCUCCGAGUUGGCGAGUGGGGAUUCUAGAGAAGGGAAUAGCGAAAACCCAGCGUGAAUGUCGGAGUCUAUUCCCGCUCAACUAAUAAUUCUAGUUUUGAUGAAUGGUGAGAUGUAUAUAUGCGUGUGUCAAAGGUUUCCCG